AUGGCCGUCACCUCGAUCUCGCAGCGCAAGGCGCACAAGGCCCACUUCGGUGCCCCCUCGUCGGUCCGCCGCAUCUUGAUGUCGGCGCCCCUCUCGAAGGAGCUCCGCGCCGAGCACGGUGUCCGCUCGAUCCCCAUCCGCAAGGAUGACGAGGUCAAGAUCGUCCGUGGCACCUACAAGGGCCGCGAGGGCCGCAUCAACACCUCGAACCGCAAGAACUUCCGCGUCUUCGUCGAGGGUGUCUCGCGCGACAAGGGCAACGGCGCGACCGUCCCCAUCCCCGUCUCUGCCUCCAACGUCGUCAUCACCAAGAUCAAGAUGGACAAGGACCGCACCGCUUUGUUGAAGAGGAAGUCGACCAAGAAGGGCGAGGACGUCGAGAUGAAGUAA